UAAAAAACCCAAAGUCAAGGGUAGAAAAUUAAAGCUAAAACCCUGCACGGUACAGAAAUGAAAGCAUAGAGAGAAGGAUACAGAAAAGCGAGAACAAAGAGAAACAAUGGCUUUAUAUCUUAGACGAGCAAUCAGAUUAAGAAACACAGCACUGUUACUUAGAAGCUCAAAGAUCCAAACUUGCAACGUUUCUCACUCUGUCUUUUGUCAAAACCAGAAAACUUGUCAUACCCAAAAACCCAGUCCUUUGCCCUCCUUUGAUUUCCUCAGAGAUUCUCGUAGAGGCUUCGCCAAAGGCAAAAAAUCAAAGGAUGAUUCUGGUGGGAACACAAUUGAACUUGCCCCAGAUAUUGGGCCUACUGUUAAAGCCGGUGCUACAUCACAGAUGGAUGCAGCAAUUGUUGCCUUAUCGCGAGAGUUAGCAAAAUUGAGAACAGGGAGAGCAUCUGCUGGAAUGCUUGACCAUAUUAUUGUAGAAACUGGGGGAGUAAAGAUGCAACUGAACCACUUGGCUGUUGUUUCUGUCAUAGAUUCGAAAACCUUAUCAAUUAAUCCAUAUGAUCCAAAUACUAUAAAAGAGUUAGAGAGUGCCAUUGUUUCAUCUCCAUUAGGCUUAAAUCCUAGGGUGGAUGGUCAACGACUGAUUGCAGCUAUUCCAUUAUUAACAAAAGAGCAUAUGCAGGCUAUGUGCAAGGUGGUUGCCAAGUCUUCUGAAGAUGUUAAACAAAGCAUAAGAAGGGCUCGACAAAAGGCAUUGGAUGCAAUAAAGAAAGUGGGUUCAAGUUUUCCGAAGGAUGAGGCAAAGAGAUUGGAGAAAGAAAUUGAUGAGUUGACGAAAAGGUUUGCCAAGGCAGCUGAUGAUCUCUGCAAGGCCAAGGAGAAGGAGAUAACUCAAGGCUGAGCAGCAAUGUUGUGGUGUUCACUGAAUUCAACAAAAUUUAUCCCCAUUUGAGAGCUUAAUUCCUAGAUGUUAAUCGAGUUUUGGGCUCUGACACAUGUAGUACAUUACUGUAGAUUUUGAUAGGUAACGGCUAUUGAUUCAAUGAUAAGGUAACCUGAAGGUUCAA